AUGGCAAAUGAAAACAUCAACAAUAUAACGAAUGACUGUCAUAUAGUCUGGUUGGAUAGUCAUAUUGAAACCGACAGACGAAGUCAAGAUAUAAGAGGACGUAUACGACAACUGGGUAGAGGUUGUUUAGAGACAUUUGUUAAUCCAGAUCAAUGUAUUGAUGAUAUAACCACAGAACUGAUAGAAAAAAAAGUAUUUCUUAUUAUUUCUAAUUCAUUUGGUCAAGCUAUUGUACCACUUAUAUAUGAAUUACCACAAAUACAAGCAAUAUACAUAUAUUGUCGUGAUCAAAAAGCAGCAGAAAUAUGGUCUAAAUCAAUUGUAAAAGUUUCUGGUAUUUUCACAAAACCAAAAGAACUAUUACAAAAAUUAUCUGAUGAUGUCGAUGUUUAUAAUAAAGAUAAUAAUAUACCAAUGAGUAUAUUUCAUCUUUCUGAACGAGAUAAAACAUUACAAAAUUUAAGUAAAGAAAGUGUAACAUCUAUAUGGUAUCGUUUAAUAUUAAGAGUUCUUCGAUUAAUGGUAAAAUAUGGUAAUGCAAAAGCGGAUAUGAUUACAGCAUGUCAAGCAAGUUAUCAUGACAAUAACGCUCAAAAGAGAAAAAUAAAUGAUUUUGAAAAAGAUUAUUCCACAACAAGAGCAGUUUGGUGGUAUACGUAUGAUAGUUUUCUAUAUCGAUUAUUAAAUAAAGCUUUACGUACACAAGAUAUGGAAAUUAUAUUUAAAUUUCGAUUUUUCAUCAAUGAUCUUCAGAAUGAAAUCGAAAAACUUUACCAUGAAUAUUUAAAUAACUAUUCUUUUCAAUCUAAUCAUCAUUUCACAGUUUAUCGUAGUCAAGUUUUAAGUAUGACAGAACUCGAACACCUUCAACAGAAUAUAAAUGAACUUAUUUCGAUGAAUAGCUUCUUAAGUGCUACAUUGAACUCAGAGGUAGCUGCACUAUAUUCAAUUCCAGGUGAUCAAUUGAAUGAAUCAUCAGCACUACAAUCUGUGUAUUUCAUAAUUGAUGUUUAUAAUAUAAAUAAAGAAACGACGCCAUUUGCAUUUGUAGAACAUCAUUCGUGUAAUUCAGAUGAAAAAGAAGUACUUUUUUCAAUGGGUGCUAUUUUCAAAGUUCAAUCAGUGAAAAAACAUGAUAAUAUAUGGCAUAUUCAUUUAGAACUAAGUAAUGAGCAAAAUCAACUUGGUCAAAACUUGUUAGAUCAUAUGUUGGAACAAGUUAAAUCGGAGCCAGGUCCAUUGUCAUUUGGUUGGUUUCUUUUUCGAAUGAGUGAAUUUGAUAAAGCUAAAGGUUAUGCUAAAUGGAUGAUUCAACAACUUCCACCAAAUGAUAUAGGAAAUGGAGAUGCUUACAAUUUACUUGGUCUCAUUUACAAAGAUACUAAUAAGCUCAAUGAAUCUAUUGAAUCUUAUGAGAAAGCUCUUGAUAUUUAUUUUCGUUUGGGUUAUCAAAAUAGUCCUCGAGCUAUUGCUGUUCAUUGUAGUCUUGGUUUGGCUUAUUUAGCAUCAGGUGACAGUCGAGCUGCAGAUGAACAACAAAGACAAGCCGAAGAAAAGUUAAAUUCAUUACCAAUAAAAAAUCUAUUACUGAAAUCUAAAGUGGAUAGUCUCAAAGCCAAACUUAUGGCAGACUAUGGUUAUAAUACAAUAGCUUUAGAAAAGUUUGAACAGAUUUUACAGAAUAAAAGACAGAAAUUACUAGCAAACCAUCCUUCAAUUGGAACAACGUUGAAUGAUAUAGGUACUGUGUAUGAUAAAAUAGGCAAUAAUGCAAAAGCGCUUGAAUAUUUUCAACAAGCAUUGGAUAUUGGCAAGAAAAGUUUAACACCCGAUCAUUUGGAAUUAGUUGACUAUCAUACAAAUGUUGGUCAUGUGCAUAAUAAACUUGGACAAUUUAAACUUGCUUUUGAACAAUUUUUAUCAGCACUACAAGUUUUGAACUUACUCACAAGUUAUGAAGAUAGACCUAAAGCAAUUGUAACAGAACAAAAGUUGGGUGAGUUGGUAUAUGUCUUUCGUGGCAUAGAAAAAGGCAGACCAGUAUGGCGUUAUGUUCUUGUGCCUGUUAGCAAACUCAAGGAAUUGGAAGAUCAGCAUUCAAGUGCAAAUAUUAAUGUUUUAGAGUUUGGCCGGUUGAUCGAAUACCUUUCUAAUGGAGGUAAAAUUGAACAAAUGUUUGGAUGGGGUUUCGAUCCACCUAGAAUAAUUCAAUCAUGGAUUGAAGAGCAUUAUGAUCCAGCAUCUAUUGAUGAAAAUAUUGAUUUAAUUUAUGAGAAAGAUGAUAUUCGAUUAUGUACUAUACAACGCGCAGUACCACAACAGAAGUUAGGCUUUUGUGUAUAUUAUCAUCGAAAAGAACAUUUUCAUUAUAUCGAGUUCUAUAAUAAUUGGGAAUUAAGUCUGGCCUAUCAAGCAGGCAUUAAAAAUUUUGAUCGAAUCAUCGAGCUAAACGGCAUUAAUAUUGAAAAAGAUACACCGUAUGAACUACGAAAUCGUUUCAAUAUUGACCAGAAUCUUCCAGUACAUAUGCUUGUAUGUAGUCCGGCUACAUAUAUUCACUACAAAUCUACUGGAAAACUUUUGCAUAGUCAUCUUCGAACUGUCCAUCAUUUGAGACCUGUAUAUGCUAUAUCAAUGUUGGACUCGAAUACAAAUGCAAAAGAAGUUACUGUCGAUCAUCAUAGUUUUUGCGCUGUACAAUGGGAAAACAGUUGUACUAUUUCUACAGUACCUCAGUCAGCGGUUUUCAAAUCACCUGAAUAUACUCAUGUAAAUGAUGUCUGUUUUAUCGAAACGGCUGGACACUAUCGAAAAGGACAAAUUAUUUUCAAAGGAUCAAAAUUCAUUCCUCCACAGCAAUUAAUUUGUGAUGUGUUCUCCAAUAAAUUUCCAUCUCUUCGUCAUGUUCAUUUGGGACGUAUCGAUUAUUCCACUUAUCAUUCAUGGACUACGUCACCUUCUCUUCAGUUCGUGUCAAUCUUUUCGUGUAAAUCAAUGUCUAUUCUAGCAAUUCUGACUUCAUGUCCUAAUCUUCAUCAUCUGCAAGUUCAUAUUUUUCCUAGUGACAAUAAUGUAUUCACAUCGUCUACACCACUUAAUCAUCCACUUCGACGACUUAUUGUUUGGAGUAAUUAUACGGAACUAUAUUUUAAUGAUAUUGACAGAUUUCUUGCCUAUACGCCUAACGUCGAAUAUUUAUAUCUACAAACAGUAUAUCGUACACCAUUCAUUCAUUUAGCAAAAGGUCUAAUCAAUCGACUCCAUCAUUUGUUUCGAUUUGAUUGUUAUAUAAGAGAAAUGUUGACCAGAGAUAGCCGUAUUGGUAAUUUAGCUAGUAUACAUAAAAUGCAUUCAUGUUUCUAUGGGAUUCAAUGUAAAGAAGAAAAUGAUAAAUGUCGAAUAUUUUCUACUUAA